AUGAACUUUCGCACCUUUCUGUGUCUAUUCGUAUCAACCUCUACCUGUACGGCAUGGAGUACACCAUCAUCACAAUGUAGAACGGACCUAUCGGUGUCAGGACCUGAGUGUGAUCGACGGGAGUGGUUCCAAAAAUCAUUGGUUUUCGGAUCUGCACUCGUCGCAUCGUCCAUCUCCUCGACAACUCCUGCAAGUGCAGCAUCCGUUCCAGAACCAGCCGCGACAGUAACAGACAAAAUAUUUGUCGAAGUGAAAGGUCUGCCUACCGCAGAUGCAUCAUCACCCACCACCCAGAGUAUAGUGAUUGGUCUGUUUGGAAAAGAUGCACCAAAAUCUGUAGACAAGUUGAAAUUGCUUAUGGGGACGGGUUUGCCAGCUGUAUGUAAGGAAAAAGAAGAGCGAGUUUUGCAGCGAGAGCAACUUGAGGCAAACAAGGUAUACAACUCCUGUGUUGAAGGCCAAAGCAGCGGAGUCAACUACGAUUAUGCUCAGAUCUGGAGAAUCAUCAAGGACGAGAGAAUAGACUUUGGUUCGGUUGCUGGAAGAUUUAUUGCUCGUGAAUACCCUAACUGGGGGGAGAGUUCUGCAAGUGGACUAAAACACGACCGGGCAGGGCUUGUUUCAGUUCGAAAAGGGUCAAACAGUGGAUUUGGUUUUACAAUUUACCCCGGAGGAUCUGAAGCGAGCACCGAAGAUCUCGAUAACAAUCACAUCAUUGUUGGUCAGGUGCUCGAGGGAAUGGAUGUUAUUGAACAAAUAAAUAAGUUGCCAGUCGUUGGAACUGCAAAAGUAAACUACAAGGGAUUCAGCGGAGGAAGUGGAUUCCAGGAGGGACCAAGUCGAGCAUGUCGGUACGGUGGGUCACAACUCUAUUGCAAUGAGAACAAACCGCUGCAAAAGCUCACGAUGUACCGAACGGGAUUACUCUAA